CUUCCUUCUACCUCUUCCUCCUUGCGUGUGGCUUUGACGCAUCCCAAAAUCCUGGCCAUUUCUACACCAUAUGUGUUUCCGUAGGCACAGCUUGUGAACGUAUCGCUGCUUCCUCGAUUUUCUUACAGGCUGGCCUUCUUCAUCCCUUUGCCAUUUGAUUCGGUCAUUUGCAUCGAAGAGUGCCAUGAUCGACAGCACCAAUGCUCCUUCCAGUCCUCAGGCGCAAGAUUCGCCGGAGUCUCUGUUUGGAUCUCCGCCACUUUCUCCAGUCAUCCAAGGUAGGUCACCAUCACCAUUGCUAGCAUUGCCUGGCUCUAGCAGCAGCGUUGGAAUUGGUCGGGGCUCUGCACAAAACGUGGGGACCAUUGCACUUCCUGGUUCCCAUCUUGAUUCUGAACUUCCAAUCAAUCCAUUAGCCUUGUCGUUGAGUUAUUCUCCUCGGCCUCCGGCGCAAGAGCAAGCCUCCGCGGCCCCGUCCAAAUGGCGGCAAUCUAUUCAUGCCUCGACCCCUACCUCUGCAACAGCAACAUCAUCAGCCGUAUCUUCGUCGUCAUCCACGCCAACCUCCUCCAGGUCCUCUUCCUUAGUGCCCAAUCACAUUUCUACAGCAAAGAGAAAGAAAACAUUAAAACGAAAGGCGACGACAUAUGAGCGUCCACCUCCACCCGAAAUUCCUCUUCCAGACCCCUCCGAACCGCCACCUUCAAAUUUUCUUCGUAGUCAGAUCGCUUUGCUUGGAACCGCAGGCCUUGUUGCUGGUGUCAAACCCUCUACCAUCACGCAUAAGGACACGCGAGGCAUGACAUCCAACAACCCGAUUGUCAUUGAUGAUACCCCACCACCACCUCCACAACCAGUUUCGAAACCUCUAUUAUCCCUAUUUCCUGCUAUGAAUUCUUUGGGUUUGUCACACCCGUCCAACCAAGAGAUUGUUCGAAUACUGGUUCGGCAGAAGACGAUAUUUCCGUUGCUGGAAGAGAUAUUGAAACUUAUUGCGAGCGGUUCAAUACGUCCGUCACAUUCAUGGAGGCGGGAUUAUCAGCCUGGAUCUGCGAAGAGGCGGAAGUUACGUCACGUUCCAGCUGGUGCAAAUGAUUGGGACGUACCAUACCCAUUUGCGCGAGGUGAAGGCCCGGAGGAGUAUGAUGCAAACUGGGCAAAGGAAAGGUGCAAGCAGCUGGUCUCUCAGCUGGUCGGUCUUAUCAAGGCUGCAACUCGAAAGGCUGCUUUGAAAAGCUACCUUCACCAGUUGAAGUUGAAGGAAGCAUUACCAGCCAUGUACACUUCACGUGACGGAGAAUCUGCAACACCAGAGCCGUCGUGCAAAGCGGAGGACGAAAAUGACUUUGCCAGAGCAGCCGCACCUAACUUCCUGUCCACUCCUCAUCCAACAAAUGAAACGCCCACGAUCUCACCGACCGACGUCACUUGCAAUGAAUACUCCACUUCGCCCCCGGCUGCCCCUCGCGCAGCUUCGCCUUCAUCCCCUGUCGAUACCACAGAUUUCUCUCAGAACGUAACCGUGGACCAGCUCCUCGAAUCCCUUCUCGCCGUGUCAUCUAGCGAUGGCCCUGUAUCGGAUCUAGAUUCCUUGCUAUCCAGUUCUACUUCUUCCAGUGUUUUUACAGAUUCGUCUAGCGAUAACCAGCAAUGGCUAUUCGAUAGCUGGAUGCCUAUCUUCGAAUCUUUUCAAAUUCCUGAGUCUGGGCUUGUGGACCUCCCUCCGCUCUCUCCACAUACGGAGAAUUCUUUGCCGUUCUCCCCACUACCCGACUUGCCCGUGGACUUUGGAAAUUUGGAGCCCCUUGAAACAGCCCCAGAAACAAGUGCAGCAAGCGCUACAGAACUGUGGAGUGACACAUUUGACGUGUCUACAUCCAUUACCGUGCCACUAGACACAGAGGUAUCCGCAAAUGUUGUCCAGCAAGGAAUUAACCAGGAAGCCUCGUCUUCUCAAGCACAUGAAAACCAAAAUCACCAUCCUCCCCAUGAUUCUGUUAUCGAUCCGGUUCUUCUGGUUCACACACGACCUUGUAUCAAUACAUUUUUGCAGGUUGAUGCUGGCCCACCGUCGCUGGUUUCGUCCCCGAUGCCCUCCAUGAGCUCCAUGGGCGACCUGGAGCUGUUAACUCCAACCUCGUCAGUCUGGGAAGUCAAUUUACCGGACAUUGCGUCAGCUUCUGGAUCUAUAGAGGAUGGGUUUUCCAGCUCGGUGCGUAUACCCGACGGCAACCUGAAAUAUUCUCAAGGGGUGAGCUUUGAUCCGGAGACGAGAAAGAGUGUAGAGGAAGAAGCGGAUGUGCGGAAUGUUUUACCUAUGUUGGUGUCGUCGGUAUUGCCCACCCAUAGAGUAGACACACCAACUCUCGCUCCGCCACCAGUCUCAAUUCCUGACAUUGUAGCACUUCCAACCCCUAGGGUUGCCUCGAGAGAACAACUUUUGAAGCAGGCGAAUACUCGUAGGGCGCAAAUAGCUGAUGCGAUUGUGAAGGCACGGACAGCUUUGUGGGAGACAACGAUUGAGGGUGGAGUUUUGGCGCAUUUGGCGAGGUAUUAUAAGUCGUAAUACAGGUAGAGUUUGUAUCAUACAAACAUUUCUCUGGGUCCUUUGCGUUCGCCUACUUGGUGAUUAUAAGUUUGAAGCUAAAGCGAAGCAGUGAAGUCACAGAGCUUGAGGGAUAUUCUUUUCUCGUUCCUGCAGUCUCAAUAUAUUGAUAAAUAAAGUUCUGGGAAGG